AUGGAAAGGAUGAACAACGUCUCAGAUCCAAGACGAUUCUUCUGUAUUCGACUUAAUUUGUUAAGGCAGAAUUUCCUAGAAUGUGAUUACUCCCAUAAAAAAGUUUUCACAGAGCUUCGAGCGCUUGAAUUACAAACAGGGUAUUUUAGCCUACGACAAAUUAAAGCUGCUACUCAUAACUUUUAUCCUGCAAAAAAGAUUGGUGAAGGAGGAUUUGGACCAGUUUAUAAGGGUGUACUCUCAGAUGGUUCCGAGAUUACUGUUAAACAACUUUCAACAAGAUUAAAGCAAGGAAACCGUGAAUUUGUGACUGAAAUACGAAUGAUAUCCGCUUUACAACAUCCAAAUCUCGUGAAGCUCUAUGGUUGUUGUAUCGAAGGCAAAGAGUUGUUAGUUGUAUAUGAAUAUCUCAUCAACAACAGUCUUACACGUGCCCUUUUUGAGGACCAGAAGCUUAAUUUGGACUGGUCAACAAGAAAGAAGAUAUGUAUGGGAAUCGCAAAGGGGUUAGCUUAUUUAGAUGAGGAAUCAAGGUUGAAAAUAGUUCAUAGAGACAUAAAGGCCACAAAUGUGCUUCUUGACAAGGAUCUUAACACCAAAAUAUCAAAUUUUGGUUUAGCAAAACUUGAUGAAGAAGAGAAUACUCAUAUCAGUACACGAAUUGCUCGAACAAUAGGUUAUAUGGCUCCAGAAUAUGCAAUGAGAGGAUACUUAACAGAUAAAGCGGAUGUCUAUAGCUUUGGAGUUGUGGCUUUGGAGAUUGUGAGCGGGAAAAGCAAUACAAAUUAUAGGCCAAAGGAGGAAUUUCUCUACCUUCUUGACUGGAAUGACAAAAUGGAGACAGUGGGGUCUGAAACAUAA